UUACUGACCGUCGUCUUAAAAUAUAAUCGCGCAUUUCCACGGUGGUUUACGGUCAACGGGCUGAAGUUGUAUUUUUACAGUGAGAGGCUGAAAGGAAAACGCUAAUGCUUCAACAUCGGUAAGCAGCAGCAGGCACUGAGCAUCUCUUCCAGAAAGCGGACAAAGCUGGUUAUCUCAGUGCACUAUUAAAUCACGUUAGAAAAGCACAGUUUGGGACUGUGCGGGGACUCGAAGCUGUCGUCGCAGUUAAGGAGUCUAAGAUGCCCUAGGCUGGGAGAAGGGAAAUGUAAAUGGCUUCCAAAGUAAAAGAUGCUGUGGUGUGGUACCAGAAAAAGAUUGGCGCCUAUGACCAACAGAUAUGGGAGAAAUCAGUGGAGCAGCGAGAAAUAAAGUUUAUUUCUCUGGGCUUUAGGAACAAACCAAAGAAGACAGGACAUGUCAAACCAGACCUUAUAGAUGUAGACCUGGUUAGAGGUUCGGCGUUUGCCAAAGCCAAACCAGAGAGCCCCUGGACAUCACUGACCCGGAAAGGCAUCGUCAGAGUUGUCUUCUUCCCAUUCUUUUAUCGAUGGUGGAUCCAGGUCACCUCUAAAACCAUUUUCCUCCUACUGCUGGCUCUCUAUUUGCUACAAGCGGCAGCAUCAGUCUUGUAUGUGACCAUCCCCCUGCCUCAUGGGAUACCGACCACCGAGGUAUUUGGAGCCAUCUGGCUCAUGUUGCUGCUGGGCACCGUCCACUGUCAGAUCGUCUCCACCAGGACCCCCAAACCUGCCUCCGGCAGCGGGGGGAAGAGACGCAGGAAGUUGAGGAAGGCAUCUCAGAUGGAGGUGCAUAGGGAAGGCGACGGGUCUAGCACUACCGAUAACACACACGAGGGGGCGCCACACUCCCACUCAGCCAGCACCACAUACAGACUGGGCGCUCUCUUCCAAGAUUUCUGGCAUGAUAUCUGUAAAGCUGGAUCUAAGAAGUCCAAACUGUCCAUCGACAAGUCAACAGAGACAGACAACGGCUACGUGUCGCUGGACGGCCGGGUGACCAAUCGGAGCAGCGAGGAGGGGCUUCAGCUCCACGAGCAGCGAUGUGAGUCGCUAAACAGGGCUGACGAGGUGUGCUGGAACUCUCACGUCCAGUCCGUUCACACUCACGCACCCCUUAGCGCUGGACUGAUGCUGGCAGGCGCCAAUAAGGAGCCAGCAUCAGAUGAGGCCUCCAGUGAGGAAGACCCUGAAGCAUCCUACAGCGCUCUCCGCAGGGGAGUUGAAAGAAUGAACAGCGACUGUACGCUCAGAAACCGCAAGAAUACACACCACUACAAGAAACACUAUGCCGCGGAGGACGUGCCAAAAUCUGGCACCAGCUGUAGCUCCAGAUGUUCAAGUCUGAGGACUCGUGACUCAGAGAGCACUCGACACGAGUCUGAGACAGAGGACCUGAUGUGGGAAGACUUCCUUCACUGUGCUGAGUGCAGAUCCUCCUGCACCUCAGAGACGGAGGGGGAAGGAGGAGGGGCACCCGUCUGCCCCCCUGCUAAAAAGGAAUACAGAGAUGACCCUUUCCAUCAGGGUCAUGCUCCAUGGAUGCACAGCUCCAACCCUGGUUUAGAGAGAGUGAGCGCCAUAGUGUGGGAGGGAAACGAGUGUAAGAAAGCCGACAUGUCCGUCCUGGAGAUCAGCGGCAUGAUCAUGAACAGAGUUAAUCUCUACACACCUGGUAUUGGUUACCAGGUCUUUGGCAACCUUGUUUCAGUGACUCUCGGCCUCACACCUUUUGCAUACAGGCUGGCUCAGUACCGGGACUUUGAUCAGCUAACCACACUCUCAGCCAAUGAGCUGUUAUCUGUGGCACUGGGAGGCGGAUCUGGAUCAGACGCCUUGGUCAUCACCAUGGUAACACUUAGCUUCCUGGUGCGCAUCUGCCUUAUAUGGCUCUUCUUCUUCCUGCUCAGUGUCGCAGAGAGGACCUACAAACAGAGGCUACUGUUUGCCAAGCUGUUUGGUCAUCUGACUUCCGCCCGCAGAGCCAGGAAGUCUGAAGUCCCCCAUUUUAGACUGAAAAAGGUUCAGAACAUCAAGAUGUGGCUCUCACUACGCUCCUACCUCAAGAGACGGGGUCCUCAGCGUUCAGUGGAUGUGAUCGUGUCGUCUGCCUUCCUGCUCACUCUGUCCGUCGUCUUCAUCUGCUGUGCCCAAUUGCUCCACAUCCAUGAAACGUUCCUGGAGUGUCACUAUAACUGGGAGCUGGUGAUCUGGUGCUCCAGUCUGUCUCUGUUCCUGCUCAGGUUCGUCACGCUGGGCUCUGAGACCAGCAAGAAGUACAGCAACACCUCCAUACUGCUCACUGAACAGAUCAACUUGUAUCUGAAGAUGGAGAAGAAGCCUAACAAGAAGGAGGAGCUGACACUGGUGAACAACGUCUUAAAACUGGCUACCAAACUACUCAAGGAGUUAGACACUCCUUUUAGGUUGUAUGGUUUGACUAUGAACCCUCUGCUCUACAACAUUACCCAGGUGGUCAUCCUGUCCGCUGUGUCAGGAGUCAUAUCUGAUCUUUUAGGAUUUAACCUGAAGCUGUGGAAGAUUAAAUCGUGACAGUGAACAGAAACGGCGUUGACCCAGAAUGCUUGUCUAACUGGUUUGAUGAAAGAACGCGGGACUCGACAUAUCGGAGGGCUUUUCACCUUUACCAUUACCACUUUGUGCAAUUCAAAAACUAUUUAUUUAUCCACUCAGUGUUUUUACUUAGGGUUUUUUUGAAUUGUAGGGUUUAUUUGAAUUGUAGUUUUGUUUAAUGACAGAACAAUGUCUACAAAAAGUAUAAGUAUUAUUAUUAUUAAGCAUAACCAUGUUUAACAUGAUGGUUUAGAUUCUCAGUUGCAUUUGCAACAGUUCAGUUUUCAUUUCAGCUCACAUACUUGAAGGCAAAAAGUAUUGAGCUGCCAAUGGGACACCAUCGCUUUCUUGUAAUUGUGUUAAACUAUUUAUAUGUUGACUUAUAUUUUGAAACACAAUUUCGAAUUCUGUCACAACCUUAAGUCUGUUACA